CAGAACUUAAAUGAGAGCUUGAAGAGUCAACUUUCAAAACGUUUUAAGGACUUUUAAAGAGGCAUCAUGUCUUCGUCACGGCUUGUAACUCUUCUCCUGUGUUGUCUUCCUCUGGCAGCCUGUCUGCGCUGCUACACCUGUGUGUUUCCCGCCAUCUCCCCCAUGGACUGCCUGAAGUUUCCUCUGGAGUGUCCUGCAGGCCAGCGCUGCCUGUCCAGCGAGGCGACGGGGAAACGAGGCGCCCUGCAGAUGACCAUGUACGAGAAGAGCUGCGCCGUCUCGUCUCAGUGCGGCCGGAGCGGCCAGAAAUACGCCUCGGGCGUCUACUUCAACUACACCAACACCUGCUGUGACACGGACCUGUGUAACGGCGCCGCCGCCGCCGCCGCCCUGAGCUGGAGGCGGGCGGCGCUCUGCCUGCUGCCUGCGGCCCUGCUCCUGCUGGCCUGAGCGCCGCGCCGACCAAUCAGGACGCACGCCUGGAACAAACCGGCAGCUCCAAGGCCAAACACGUCGGCCUGAAAAUAAUCUGAGUUUUAAAGUGUAUUAGAAUUUUAUAAAAGUGCUCAAUAAUAAACUGUAUUAGCUUUAUGAUAGAAUUAACAGGAGCAAUAAUCCAAGAGGAAACUUGAUAUGCAGAUUUUAAGACAUUCAUUACAGCUUUUCCGCUUCAGUAGAGUAUAUUUUUAAAAAUUGUUCUGUUGGUGGUU